GCACCAUCGGUCGGGACGACCUCAACGACUCGCGAGAGCACUUGCUCAUCCUUCUGAAUUCCUUUUCCUCAUUCCUUUUUCUAGGGACUCGAUUCUCAUCUCAUCUUCUUUCCUCUAUUCCUUCUUUCUCUCUCUCGUCCCCACCAAACAUCACCACCAACCACCCAAGUGCGAUACUAUACUAUAUCCCAUCAUGGCUCCAGCUGUCCCACCCGCGGUCAUCUUCGACCUUCAAAACGUCCACACAGCACUCUCUGCCCCUGUGCCUGACCAAGAAGCCCUUGUCAACAUCAUUGGACGAAGAGAGUACCAGCAGUUGGUUAACCUUGCUCGCCACUACAAGGCCACGUACUCGGUCGAUCUUUCCGCAGAGCUCAACAGGCGCAUCAUCGGAAGCGUGGGAUCAUUACUGGCGGGUGCCUGUCAGCACAAGAUUUUGGCUCAAGUUCACUACCUUCAUCGUGCAGGCAAAUCCAACCGCAAGUACGAGGCCCUGAGGAAGAAGGACACCGCUGUCGAGGUCUUUUGCGAGAUCUUGGUGGGAAGAACCCCCGAGGACUUACGGGAACUCCGCGAGGCGUUUACCGCUGUGCACAAUGCUGACAUCCAGGCGCACGUUCUCUCCUACCUUAAAGAUGAUCUCACCAAGACCUUUUUCAUUGACAUCCUCAAGGACAAGGAAGAUAAGCCUGUGGAGAAUGUCGGGGCAGAGAUCGAGCGCCUGCACCAACUGCUCCAAGCACAGGAAAUCCCCGCGUUGCUCAAAUACGUUUCCUCGCUCACCACAGCUCAGCUCCAUACCGUCGUCAAAUCUUACAAUGCCCACUACAUGGACGCGCACGUAGUGACGACCAUUGAGAAAAACUUCAAGCACAAAGGCGAACAUAUUGAUAUCAUCCUGUUUACAAUCAUGCAGGCGGCCGACCCUGCCCGCCAUGUUUCCCUGUUGUUUGAAGAGUCGAUGUCGGGCCUGGGUACCAAUGAGGAUCAGCUUUCGAGACUGGUCGUAGUUAACCGCGGAAAGUUCAUGGAUAAGGUCAAGGCCACAUACCAAAUGGACUACAGCCGUACUUUGGCGGACCGUGUCAGGGGAGAUACAUCGGGUCUUUAUAGCAACUUGAUCUGUCAUAUGAUUAACCAAACCAUCUAAAUGCUUUGAGCAGAAGUAUGUCCGUGGGGCACUGAGACAUGGCGCGAUUGUAAAGCAGUUGCAUAUAGCAAAAUUAAAUUAUCAGACGAGAAAAGGAAUGCGUGGGCUACAAUGCUCCUUGAAAGCUGCUUCAUGGCUGGUUUCUUCUCAAAGUGGAAAUGAAAAUAGAGACAUGGACUGUUUGCAUCGAGGAUUCUCCACUUUUUGCUCCUCAGAAGGCUGUUUCCGAUUUGCGAGACCCUUUGACCAAUUCAAGAACUUAUGCAUCGGGAGAUUAUGCGCCUACUAUAGC